CUUCAUUACCAACUAAAAGGAGCAAGAAAACCUGGUUUAGAUUAAGCGUAAAGGUGCGAACUUUAAGCAGCCUUCGAUCAUCUCUGGCACAGUGACGGAAGGAGAGAUCUUCGGACCAUCUCCUUCCAUGGCGAGACUCCCUUUUCUCCGCCGGGUCGCUCUCAAAACCCUACCUUUACGCCCCGAGAGCUCGCGCGCCCUCCUCUUCCUCCUCCGGCGGCCCCUCUCAGACGUCGCCGACGAUGACCCUCCGUUCUGUCCUAAGCCCCCCGGCCGAGCCCCAAGACCCCGGAAGGAACCCGCGGGAUCAAGCCCGGCCGGCGACCCGGAUCGCCCGGUCGGGCCGGAUCUCCCCUUCGACUUCAGGUACUCUUACUCGGAGACGAGCGCGGCCGUCGAGCCCAUCGGGUUCCGCGAGCCGCGGCGGUUCUCUCCGUUCGGGCCCGGCCGGAUCGACAGGACCUGGACGGGGACUUCCGCGCCGGCCCGAGUGGCGCCGGACCCGGAGAAGGCGACGGGGGAGAGGGAACGGGCCCUGGGAGCCCCGCUUUCGGAGGAGGAAGUGGCGGAGCUCGUCGAGCGGUAUCGGCACAGCGAUUGCAAUCGCCAGAUUAAUCUGGGCAAAGGAGGAGUUACUCACAACAUGUUGGAUGACAUCCACAAUCACUGGAAAAGGGCCGAAGCAGUUAGGAUUAAGUGCCUGGGAGUGCCGACGCUCGACAUGGACAAUGUGUGCUUUCACCUUGAGGACAAAUCUGGUGGGAAGAUAAUUUACCGCAAUAUCAAUAUCCUCCUCUUGUAUCGAGGUCGACAUUAUGAUCCAAAGCAAAAACCAGUUAUACCUCUCAUGCUGUGGAAGCCUUAUGCACCAAUAUACCCGAAGCUUGUGAAGAAUGUUGCAGAAGGGUUGACAUUUGAGGAAACAAAAGAAAUGAGAAACAGAGGACUGACCUCUCCCCCUUUAAUGAAACUUACGAGGAAUGGCGUGUAUGUCAAUGUGGUGGAGAAAGUGAGGGAAGCAUUCAAGACUGAAGAGGUUGUGAGGUUAGACUGCAAAUAUGUGGGUACAAGUGACUGCAAACUGAUUGGCAUGAAACUUCGAGAUUUGGUACCAUGUGUUCCUAUAUUAUUUAAGGAUGAGCAGAUCAUCCUCUGGAGGGGGAAGAGAGAUACUGAGUCAACCUCCACUUCACAUGCAUGACCAUAAAUUAGAUAUGCUGCGAGACCUGCCAGGAAAAUUGGUUGCAAUGUGGUAUACAUUACACUGGAGCAUUUUUAGAGUGGAGACUCUAGAUAUUGUGGGGUACCAUAGAUUGAGACGCUGUUGCUUGGACAAAGACAUUGUGCAAGAAGGCCCUAGGCCUCAAAGAAACGCGACUUCCUGUCUUUUGGGACACUCGCUAUCUCAAUUUGAGUUUAGAAAAUGGAAAUGCUACAUGACAAUGAACUCUAAUCCCUUUUUUUAUGGACACUUUUGUUUCUUGAAGUAGUUGGGACUUACAUCCCAGGUUUUGCUAUUUUGUUCUUUGCGCCUAGUUUUGGUGUAGCAGCUAUAUUUCACUUCAUCCUUUUUUCCAAGCCCUUCUCUUUCAUCUGAUUAGGCUGUGAUAUGUAAAUUGAUCAUACAAAUUAGUACAUAGAUUCUGAUGAAAAGGAACCUUGGAUGGUAAGUACAGAAGUCUUUUAUUCAUUGUCAUGCUUUAAGCCCUUG